AGGGGGAGGUAGAGUGAUGGCUGCAGGAAGAAUGUCUUUCUCCUGUCUAUUAACAACAGCUCUUCUGGCUACAAUCCUACUGCCAGAAUUCCUUUCUGCUGGACCUAUUGUUCAGAACCUUAAAGGAGAUGAAGGAGAUGCCAGUGAUGCUACCGUUGCUAUGGCGUCACAGAGGAGACUAGUCCGUAACCGUAGAAACAUCAGCUGGUACAAACAGCACGCUGACUUCUGGAGCUGGUACAAGUUCUUCACAGACAAUGGCAACCAGGAGGCAGUCCAGGAGCUGGACCGGGUCUACCUGGCCUACCUCCAGAACAAGAACCGAGCCGAGGGCCGCCGCUCUUACAAGGCCUACCUGAGCCACCUGGGGGAUAUUUACAAGUCCUGCGCCGAUUCCGAAGACCCUAACUGUGUGGCCUCCUACACCAGCAGACCCAAGCCUGAGGCCCCCAAACCCGCCCCCAAACCCGCCCCCAUCAAAGUAUGUGACCCCUACAGGGAUCCCUACUGCCUGUAUGCUGCCCUGGCCGCCCAGGCCAAGGGCCCUGCCCCUGCCCCUGCCCCAGUCAAAGCCCCAGCCCCCAUGUACGUGCGCUCGCCCGUAGCGGUGAAGGACCCCCGGUCUGGGUACUACUUCUACGCCCCUAGCGUGGAGUCUUUCCUGUCUAAGGAGCAGAAGUCGGAGCUGCUACGCAUCUGUGCCUCCGAGGACGUGGAGUGUCUGCAGUACCACCUGAGGGCUGCCUACGGCUACAAGCCCUCCGCCGGAGCCCUGCCCUCCUACGCCCACCUGGGCUGCAACCCCAAAACGGACCCCAACUGCAAGCCCCAGCUGGUGCAGAAAGCCCCCAGCGGCCUCUACCUGCGCUACCCCAACUGUGACCCUCAUAGGGACCCCUACUGCGCCUACGCUGACUCUCUCCAGGCCCCCCGGGCCCCAGCCCCCCCCGCCAAGGCCCCCGCCGGUCCCGGCUCCUGUAACCCCUUGUUUGAGGAUGGCUGCAACCCUCUGACCGCCACCAAGUACGCCACACCCCCCGAGGAGUUCAAAGAUGAGCAUCGAGACGAGGCUGCCGCCAUGCGUGCCGCUCCCCCUGCGCCAAGGCAGCGCAGCGACCCCUUCGCCAUGUUCAGGGACGCCUACGCUAAUGCUAACGCUAACGGGGAAAGCAAUCCUCAUGCCUCGUAUCGUCAAGCUAGCGCUCCAGUUAGUGACCCGUACGCCAGGCUCCGCCAGGCUAUGGCUAGCGCUCAGGCUAACGCUCAAGCUAACGCUCCGGCUAGCGACCCAUACGCCAUGUUUAGCGAGGGCAAUGCUAAUGCUAACGAUCCCUUUGCCAUGUACCGCCAGGCCGCGGCGGCUGCAAUGCACCGCAGGGCCCCUCCGGCCCCCAGGCAGCAAUAUCCCGCCCCCCCACCCCGCUACGAGGAGCCCACCCAGGAGGAUCGCCACCCCCUGGGCCCCCGAGGGAAGACCAAGGAGGGCUAUGACUGCUUCAUUGGCUACGACCAAGAAUGCUACCCUCUGAAACCCAGCGAGCCCCGCUCCGGUGCCCACCGCCACACCGCCUACCCCGCAGAGCCCUACGAGCCCCACCUCAACGCCGACGGGAGCAGGAGCGGCGUGAGGGAGCCCACCAACCCCGACUGCGACCCCGAGUACGACUCCGACUGCCGCCUGAGUCGCUACGAGCCCGAGCAGCCUGCCGAGGCCAGUCCAGAGCACCAUGCCGAGGCUGGGCACCAGGGGGCAGCGGACCAGGGUGAGCACCACUACCAGGGGGCAAGAGAGAGCGAGCAGGAGCAGUACGAGGCGGAGCCCUACCAGAGCGGGCAGGAGGAGUCCUACGGGGCCUACCCCCCACACUCACAGGGCAUGCCCAGCUUCCAGGACAUGUUGAGGGGAUACGGGGACCAGUACCCAGAGCAGGGGGAUCACAGGGCCUACGCAGAUGACUACCGCAAUAAAUAAACACACACGCACACACAACCUAGCCUACACACAACGGACUAACACAUACACACACACAUACAUACACAACCUAGCCUACACGUAAUGGACUAACACUUACACAUAUAAUUCACACAGACCAAGAGUGUAUCCUUAAGCAACCCCACGAUACUACUAUACACACACACGUAUAAAAACGUACACACACAUAUACAGGCACACACACAACCAGUCAAACUGGCGAAGGUUUGGGGCAGAAUUAUUGAGAGAAAAUGGACAAAACAGGACUGGUGCCAGAGGAUAUCUGGAAGUCUGACACACACACGUACACACAUUGCUGAUAGCUGUAGGAUCACGCUAAGCUGGUAGGCGGUGCUGAUGAGAAGUUCUGUAGCUGUUUUACAUGUGAUGGUUUCAUUUGGCCCUUUGCUUUGCAGAAUCACUUCCCAAUUCACUGGAAUAUUUAAUGAAUUGUCAAAGCUCAGCUUCGCUUCUGCAUCUAUAAAACUCAUUUUGUGUUUGUUGGUCUUUUGCUUUUGUUACUGAUGUAUUAUGUAAAGUUUUUUUCACUUUUGAAUGUUCCAAUAAAAGCUUUGAAAGUCUUGA